AUGGAAUUCAUUGCUCCAGCAAUGUCCUGUGUGGUGAAGCGCUCAACACCUCGUGACACGUCCAGGAGUGCUGUUGCAGCCGGCCGCAGCUUCUUCGAUGCCACGCUGCCUCCUGUGCCCUGCACCUUUGAUGCAAGGAGUGCAGCACCUCUAGUAGGGCAGUUUUGGGUAAGUCCACUGAAGCAGAGACCGGCUUUGCACAGGCUGGUGACUGCUGCGGGAGCGCUGUCGCGCGCAGAGUGGUCAAACAAGACCUUGCUUCACAUGCCCGCUGCAAGAGCUCCGGCUAGACGAGGGCUUUGUCAGUGA